CUUCCAUAUUCAUUCCUCCACCAAUGUACUGUGUGUGAUAAAUGCUCCUUCCGGCUAGCCUCCUGCCCAAGGACUAUGGGCCAUGUUGAAAGACUUAUAAAAGACUUGGUUCAUGGGGGCGGGGCCUGACUGCCAUGGUGGAAAGACGUGUCUAGCUUGAGCUCCUCUCCAAGUUGGACAAAAUAAGCAGAUAUAGACUUAUCAAACUUAAGCAAAAACCUACAAAGCGACUAAUACACCUCCUGACCGGGCUACAGUACCAGGUGGAGGGUUGAAACUCGAAAGCAACUCUGUUGCUGCGAAACCCGGAACAUGCGGCCUAGAGAGAGCCGGGCGGGAGAGGCGGCUGAUCUCCCAUGCCGGUGCAGCUCAAAGGAUUCAACAAGCAACCCCUCAAACAUGGCGACAGCCAUGUGGCACCCUGACUCCGACGAAAAUCAUACUGACCUGAUGUACAAGCUGGAUAAAAUCCUGGAAGCAUUCUGGCAGAAGCUGGAGGAAAAGCGACAUCAGACCGACCCAGCACAGUGGCAAGUACAGUCACCCCUAGAGCUGCUAACGCCACAGCAACGGACACCCACGGCCCCGGCAGGGGCGAAGGCUCCAAAAUGGUGGCGAAGCAGGAGGCUCCAAUCCCUCAGACAGCGGGCACCAUACAAGCAGAAACCAUCUCAAGCUAAGGCAGAGUCUUUCAAAGGACCAGAGACUCGCCGCACACUGCAGCCUCAUAACACCGCGUGGGGACUACGACCGAUUGUGGCUACUACUCCAUGCAAAAACACAGCAAGUGCCGACCGAUUGUGGCUACUACUCCAUGCAAAAACACAGCAAGUGCCGACCGAUUGUGGCUACUACUCCAUGCAAAAACACAGCAAGUGCCAUCCAAACCCACCUCCAACACACAGCCUAACGCAGAAAAGAUAAAGAACCUACACUCUUCUCCAGCCUGGUUCCAAACCACACCAACAUGCAGCCCUUCCCACUACCUGUUAAGCCAGCCAGCAGGACUCUCAGAACGGACGAGUGGACACUGUCUCCAUAUACUAAUAAGCCGGUUUGCACAGGUAUAGGAUAACAACCUGUGGCAUCAAGUCUGGAUGGAUGAGCUCACACCAUAGCCUUCUAUGCAACUCCGCUCUCAGGAGAGACUAUGGGACUUACCCUUCACAAUAUACAGCCACCGGUUACUAAUCAGGAGGUACACCCGCAAAGCCUAAGCAGAGACCACUAGGUAUUUUUUUUUUUUGCCUUACUAAUUUCUACUAACCUUGUUUACUAAUCGUAUGCUAUUUACAUUUUUCUGCAUACCGUUGGUGAUGUGUAAUAUCUUGAUAAAACAGAUGAAUGCGCUAUCUAACCAGCAUGAUUCCUAGUUUAAACAGGAGGCUGCACUCCUUAAAUAUCGAUAUGACAUAUAGGCAACAUUACAUGCCAAAGGCCCAACACAAACUCGCAGUGCUUAUAUAAGGUGUACGCUACACACCACACUUUUGAUGACUCACGCUCCAACUACCUAACACCAAACGCCAGCCCCACUAAUCCCACACAGCAG